AUAAGCUUGGUUGCUGGGAUGAAAUCGUACAUCUAAAAGAACUUUUCUCGAUCUCUGUCUUGAGGUCGUUUUAACAUAACUAUAAAACGCAAGUCGAUCUUUUUAUUUUUUGUGAUUUAUUGACCCGUCCAAAAAUGUGUUAAGUUUUCUUAUGUAGACGUUUUGAUGAGUGAAUCUUCAAUGCUGUGAGUUCCACUAAACAAACAUGGCAACGUCAGCAUCGUGGACUUUAUGGAAGAGGCUACCACCAAGAUACCAGCUAAGUGUUCGAACAUUCGUUGAUGAAGACGAUCUAAUUCGACAUUCACCACCAGGAUCGCCGAAAACACAGAGACGGGGAUCUCCUCGACAUCCUCGAAGUGAAAAUAAGUCUCCAAGACCACCAAUUACUUCGCCCACACCUGCCAAUAAACGAUCAAUUCAAAAUAUACCUGAUAUCUCAGAGAAUGAAAACCACAUUGAAAGACCCGUUAGUCCGUCAGGAUCUUAUUUUCCAUACAGAAAAUCUGGAUAUAUUGAUCAUUUCAAAACUCAACAGAGAGUUAAUUCAGCUCGAGCAAUGAUGGUAUCAGACGACCGGUCUCGUUCUCUCUCGCCAAACGGUAGAAUGAGUAAGACGUCUGCUGCGGAAGCAAAAAUCAAUAAAGACAGUUCAAUGACAACAACGGAAAUCCAGCAUUCAAUAAAACGUUGUGAGCACCACAACAAAGUGAAAACUGGUGACGAAGAUCAAGAUACGUAUCCCCAGUACUCUAACAAAAUAGAACAAAGGAAAUACCUGGUGCGAGAAACUGAUGAGGGAACUAUGUAUAUUGACAAAGGGAAAAUCAUCUAUUUCAGAAGAUAUAAAUCAAGUCCAGUGUCACAAACGUCCAAUUUUACGCGCUAUAAUGAUGGCGGAUACCUUGCAAGUAUUCGAAGAGAAUAUCUGACCAAACCGCGAUUAUUGGCCAUGGGACCAAAGCGAAAAACAUUUAAAGACGAAACAAAGGUGUUCGAAGAGAGAGAGAAUUAUAACAGAAAAGUGGCAAAUAUACUCGACUACUACAGCUACCCGGAUGAGGAUAGUAUUUCGUUAGAUGACCUUACUAAGUACACAUCAUCUGGUAGAAAAGUCAAUUCUCCGCGUAAACACGCUAAUAUGUCGCCAAAAAAUGUUAAACGGAUAUACUUUGCCUAUCCUAAAUCGGAACAUGAAGUUCGUCCUGUACCAAUUCCAGAUAUGCAGACUGAUCCCGGGUCGUAUUUCAAAGUCAACCAGCAAUCAAAACUUCACGACAGAAAUUUUUAUUUGAAGACUCCCGGUCACAAAUCUUCUUUCCGUGAGACAAACAUACUAGAUUGUGCAUGUGGUAUGUGUAGAAUAGAAAUGCAGCUCGCUUUAAUGGCUCAAGCAGAGACAGAAAGUCAUGCAAAGUUUCAACAAUCAAAGAUGCUUAAAGCUAAAUCUAUUAAUCAGGAGAAUGAUGUUGCUAAUAAAACUGAGAUGACCGAAAGUGAACUUAAACUUGACCUUUCGUCCAUGAACACAGAAGCUUCUAAAGCAUCUAACAUUCAGAUACAAACGGACAAAAAUACUACCAAACAAGAGCAGUCAGAAGCUGGGAAAGAGGGAAAGGAAAACAAACAAGAGCAAACAUUAACUGUUACUAUUCCCAAAAUGGAAACCAACAGAGAGAUAAGCGAGGUGGCGCGAGAAAACGAGGUUAAUACUGAAACGGUUUAGCCAUUGGAGUAGUGAUUAAUGCUCAUCUUCCAUUAUGGUGGCAAGCGAAAACGAGGUUAUUACUGAAACGGUUCAGUCAUUCGUGUAGUGUUCAAUGCUCAUCUUCCAUCUGAUAUAAGAAAUACUCAUAGUAACCUAUACAAGUGCUAUAAUUGUAUAUAAACAUUUGCCGUUUUAAAAUAGUUUGUGGGAAUUCGAAUUUUAGUUUUGAAUCAUACUUGAACUAUUUGACAUGUGUGGAUAUUCAAGAAAAUGAUAUUCAGUUAACGCUUUAAAAUUCAUCAGUUUUUUUACAGUGUGAUGCUGCUAAACAAAUAAGUAGAAUUUGGAAUGGUGUUCUUACGUUGUUAAAUUUUGUUAGAGCUAGUGCUAUUCAUUUAACUGUAUUAACUGAUUUUUGUUAUGGCAUUGAUCAUCUUGAAAUUGGUAAAUAAAAAAUAGGUGGAAAUUUAUAGGGAGAGGAAAAUAAGACAGCGUGGAUUUUUAUUUUUAUUUUAUGAUUUUUGUUUAUUGAUUUA